GCAAGGCAUCAAUCAACCAGCCCUCCUCCUCCAGACAUCUUCCAGAGAGAAACCAGCCAAGCCAUGUCCAAGCUGAGCAUCUGCAUCCUCCUCGUGAUCCUGGCGAUCGCCUCCACCCAGGCCGACGGCAACCGCCGCCCCUGCCCCGGCCGCUGCACCGGCUACUCCCAGAGCGACGGAAAGAGCGUCUGCAUCCGGGACAAGAGGACCAACACCUGCACCAAGCUGCGGGCCUGCCGCCUCCGCGAGAGGAACUGCGCCCGCCGCGCCUCCGGCCUGGAGCCCUUGAAGGAGACCUGCAUCACCCGCUGCCGCAGGAUCCUCGGCACCAGCGGCGUCGGCCAGUGCGCUCCCCGCCUCCGCAGCCCGGCCGCCAUCUCCGAGUCGAAGCGCAUCCGCGAGUGCCGCCGGCGCCCUUGCCUGGACGACAAACUGGCAACCUGCUGGAAGAACCAGCAGGGCUCCUGCCGCCUCCAGACCCGCUGCGAGGCCCAGAGGAGGAACUGCAGCCGCAAGCCCGGCAACCAGUGGGUGCGGGCCAGCCGCUGGAGCUGCAAGGGCGCCGAGGACGGCCGCGUCCGCAAGUGCUGGGCCAGGCCCCUCAUCGUCAAGGACUAGACUCCCCCCAGCCGAUCCGGCCGAUCCCCCUAACCGACAUCCUGCCAGCUACCAAGCACACCUAUUGCAUAAUCCUGUAUUCUUUUUUUUUCCAAUAACCGCAUCCAAAUAAAGUUCUAUUCAAGUA